AUUUGAAUAGGACUGUGACUGAAGGAGUGGGAUGUUUUUAUUUAUCUAUAUUUGUAUUUUGUUUUGAGGUCGUUGUUCCCCUUCCCCUUUUCAAUAUUGGACGUGUUUCUUUUUCUACAGUUUACUAACCGUACAGUAGGUGGCGGUAGACACGUUAUAUUUGUGUAAAUGUCAGUAUACCAGAGAAGAAGAUGACGCUUCUGCACUAUCCAAGUGGGGAACAGGAAGUACCGGGUCGAAACGACAGAACUGUGCUGUUGUGUCGAUAGUGGUUGUGUCCGUUUCAAAUGUAUCAUUGUAGGAGUUUGCUCGUGGUGAAAUGGCGACAUGAGGCUGUGUGAUGAAGUGUCAAAAUAGAGGGAAGCUAACUGAAGUUAUCCUUCAUCAUUUGGAGAGAGAGAGGCCAACUGCAUGGAAUGGCGUCGAUUAAUGCAGAGUAAUCGGUUCACAUAUCAAACCCAUUCCAUGGAGGACCAAGUGCCUGCUUGUUUUCGCUCCAUACUUGUACUUGAUACAUGUGUACUAAUAUUGUACUAAUAUUCAGACACAUUUAGUUGUUUCUAUAUUUAUCUUUAGCUAACCGAUCGCUUCAGCUGUACAUAGUCUAUUGGUAAAUAGCCCACCCAUUUUCACCUACCUCAUCCCCAUACUGUUUUUAUUUAUUUACUUUUCUGCUCUUUUGCCCACCAAUAUCUCUACCUGUACAUGACCAUCUGAUCAUUUAUCACUCCAGUGUUAAUCUGCAAAAUUGUAAUUAUUCGCCUACCUCCUCAUGCCUUUGGCACACAAUGUAUAUAGACUCCCCUUUUUUUCUACUGUGUUAUUGACUUGUUAAUUGUUUACUCCAUGUGUAACUCUGUGUUGUCUGUUCACACUGCUAUGCUUUAUCUUGGCCAGGUCGCAGUUGCAAAUGAGAACUUGUUCUCAACUAGCCUACCUGGUUAAAUAAAGGUGAAAUAAAAAAAUAAAAUAAAAAAUCUAUAAUUCAGGGUUUUCAUACGGGGCUUCAAGUAAAUUAAUAUUAGUGUCUGAAAAAGUCCAUGAAUUUGACUUGCCACUAUAUGACCCCUGAUAAUUCUUAAUAUGGUGUGAAUGGGAAAUACAUUUGGUUUUUGUGAGUGAAAUAAUACAGUGAAGACAAGGUUAUUCAUAAAAUAGUACAUAGUGCUGCCUGAAACACUGCAAUCUUGUACUAAAUGGUUUUUGGGUAAUUUAUGCAUUUAUGUGAAUUUAGGAAAUCUACUAUAAAUUAAGUGCACUUAUGUUGUGCAAUUUAAAAUGUGUACUUUGUGUCGAAUGUGAGUGAAUGUUUUGUCGGGGAUUAGCUACCUGAUCUACAGAAAUUAGAUAAUUGAACAUGAAAAAAUAGAAGAAAAAAAAUAGCAGAAUAAAGUGCCAGAACUGUCAAGAAAAUAACUUUUCUGUCCGUUUGUCUUUAUUACUACAGACCGACUCAGAUUAAGUCUGAGGCCGUUAACGUCAACAGUGAGGACAAACCAAUCCUGCCACUCUCCUUCCACACUGAGUAGAAACACUGGGUCUUGAUUGUAACAGGGGAGGCAAGUUUGCACUGCAGGAUCCAGAGAUGGCAUCAGUGAAGCUGGAAGACUGCAGUCAAACACUGGAGCUGAAUGUCAACAUUAAAGAUGAAGAAGAGGAGGAGAAUAUUAGGACAACUGUUAGUCAUGGGUACCAUGUUGAGACAUUCUCCAAAUCCAGAGAGCAACAGCAGGAAGAUCAGAGAGCUAAGAUGUCUCAUCACUGCCCACAUUGUGAAGAGAUUUUCCCAUUUCUAUCAAAGCUAAAAAUACACCUAAAAAUACACACAGGAGAGAAGCCUUACUCCUGCUCUGACUGUGGAAAAUGCUUCAAAACAUCAACGGUGCUAAAACGUCAUCAGAGAACACACACAGGAGAGAAGCCUUUCUUCUGCUCUGACUGUGGAACUCGUUUCUCUCAACUUUCCCACUUAAAAUCACAUGAACGUAUCCAUACAGGGGAGAAGCCAUACUCCUGCUCUGACUGUGGAAAAUGUUUCAAAACAUCAACGGUGCUGAAACGUCAUCAGAGAACACACACAGGAGAGAAGCCUUUCUUCUGCCCUGACUGUGGAACUCGUUUCUCUCAGCUUUCCCAAUUAAAAUCACACGAACGUGUACAUACAGGAGAGAAGCCUUUCUUUUGCUCUGACUGUGGGGCGAGUUUCUCUCAGCGGAGCACCUUAAAAACACACCAACGUAUACACACAGGAGUGAAGCCUUAUUCCUGCUCUGACUGUGGAAAAUGUUUUAAAACAUCAAAUGAGCUAAAAGUUCACCAGAAAACACACACAGGAGAGAAGCCUUACUCCUGCCCUGACUGUGGAACUAGUUUCUCUCAGCUUUCCCACUUAAAAUCACACGAACAUGUACAUACAGGAGAGAAGCCUUUCUUCUGCCCUGACUGUGGAACUAGUUUCUCUCAUCUUUCCCACAUAAAAUCUCAUGAACGUAUACAUACAGGAGAGAAGCCAUACUCCUGCUCUGACUGUGGAAAAUGUUUUAAAACAUCAAAUGAGCGAAAAGUUCACCAGAGAACACACACAGGAGAGAAGCCUUUCUUCUGCCCUGACUGUGGAACUAGUUUCUCUCAUCUUUCCCACUUAAAAUCACAUGAACGUAUACAUACAGGAGAGAAGCCUUACGUCUGCUCUGACUGUGGGGUAAGUUUCUCUCGUCUGGACACCUUAAAAACACACCAACGUAUACACACAGGAGAGAAGCCUUACUCCUGCUCUGACUGUGGAAAAUGCUUCACAACGUUAACUGAUCUAAAAGUUCACCAGAGAACACACACAGGAGAGAAGCCUUAUUCCUGCUCUGACUGUGGAAAAUGUUUUAAAACGUCAAAUAAGCUUAAAGUUCACCAGAGAACACACACAGGAGAGAAGCCUUUCUUCUGCCCUGACUGUGGAACUAGUUUCUCGCAACUUUCCCACUUAAAAUCACACGAACGUAUACAUACAGGGGAGAAGCCAUACUCCUGCUCUGACUGUGGAAAAUGCUUCAAAACAUCUACUCAACUAAAAGUUCAUCAGAGAACAUGUGCAUUUGUGCAUUAGAAAAGUCUUACUCCUGUUCUGACUGUGGGGUGAGUUUCUCUCAACUGGAUAUCUAAAAAACACACCAACAUAUACACACAGGAGAGAAGACUUACUCCUUCUCUGUGGGAAGGUGGGUGUGUAACUCAAACUUCUAGCCAAAGGCUGCUGUGUUUAGAAUCUCAUCAAGGAGGAUUGUAGCAUUUUAGCUAAUUAGCAACUUUGCAACUUCUUAGGACUACUUACUACUUUUUAGCUAUUACUUAGCAUGUUAGCUUAGCAUGCAACUACUAAGUAUGUUUGGUAACCUUUCCCCUAAAACCAUUUAACCCCUCACCCCUAACCUAGCUAACCUUAGCAACAACAAAUUGGAAUUCGUAACAUAUUGUAUGAAUAGCAAUGCGUAGAAUAACAUAAGAAUUGUAAUUCGUAACAUACGAUACAAGUCGUAUUAUACUGAACAACAAUCUCAACGCAACAAUUUCAAAGAUUUACAGUUCGUAUUAGGAAAUCAGUCAUUUUAAAUAAAUGAGGCCCUAAUCUAUGGAUUUCACAUGACUGGGCAGGGGCUCAGGAAUGUGUGGGACUUGGGAGGGCAUAGGCCCACUUGGGAUCCAGGCCCAGCCAAACAGCAUAAGUUUUUUUCCCCACAAAAGGUCUAUAUUACAGACAUAAAUACUACCCAGUAUACAUAAAUACUACCCCCCCCCGUGGUUACAUGAGGCCGGUUGGAUGUACUGCCAAAUGGUAGAGAUAUAAAUAUUGAGUUCUCUGGCAACAGCUCUGGUGGACAUUCCUGCAUUCAUCAUGACAAUUGCACAUUCCCUGAACUUGAGACAUCUGUGUUGUGUGGCCUUUUAUUGUCCCCCAGUACAAGUUGUAAUGAUAAUGCUGUUUUAUCAGCAUCGUGAUGUGCCACACCUGUCAGGUGGAUGGAUUAUCUUGACAAUGGCUGAAAUGCUCACUAACAGUAUAUAUAAACAAAGUUGUGCACAACAUUUGUUUUUUGUGCACAUGGAACAUUGUUGGAUUUUUUUUAUUUCAACUCAUGAAACCAACAUUUUAAAUGUUUAGUUUAUAUUGGUAGUCCAAUGUUAUGUAACGUAAUGGAGUGGCAAGGAUGUUUUUUGUAUCAUAUAAACGUUUUGCUCUGAGACCAGGUUGUCCCUCUGCAGUAUUCUGUGUGAAGGAGCUCGUAGAUACUUUUUUUAUUGAACCUUUACUUAACUUGGCAAGUCAGUUCUUAAUUCUUACUUACAAUGAUGGCCAAGGAACAGUGGGUUAACUGCCUUGUUCAGAGGCAGAACGACAGAUUUUUACCUUGUCAGCUCGGGGAUUCGAUCUUGCAACCAACGCUCUAACCACGAGGCCACCUUCCGCCCCUAACAUGUAUCAGAUAGAGAUGGUAUGAUGAUCACUUUUCACCAUAAAUUUGGGGGGAUUAUUUUACAACUUUAUUUAAUGAUACACCGUUUAUGAAAUUAAUCCAUGUGUUUAUUAAUGGUCUUUAAAACUAGAUUAGUUAUUUUAGUUACUGAUCAUGAAUGUGUUUGGAUAACUGCAUUGAAGCAAACUUUAUUGAUCUGCCAAUGAAAAAUAAAGUUACAUGAAUAUGUACUGGUCAACCUCUU